AUUGUUUGUGCCCCAGCUGGACGCACAGCAGGCUUGGCUCUGUUCUGAUAUCGACAAAUAUUUUCGGCAAACAACCAAUCAAAAUUCCCGCGAAAUUUUUCAAAUGGCUGCAAACCAGGACUCGUCGGUUUCUUCGCGCAUCACGCUUUUCAAUCAGCAUGCCGAACAGCACAAAAACUGGAUGAUGAUAAACCCAUUCGCCCAUUACAACGUGAGUGACAUGCCCAAGAGAAGCUUUCCGCAGGAGGAGUACGGCCGGGCUCCGGCGGGAAGUCUCUCCGAGCAGAGAUCCCUGCAGGCCAGUGUCCGUGCUCUGGAGGAGAUCCUGCAGCUGUGCGAUACGAUCCAGAAGUCCGGUCAAGAUGAUCCCAUAGAUGGUCUCAGAACCCUGGCUUUCGGCCCACUUUUCGAACUCUACAACGACAUAUCCGACAAACUGUUGGCCACCCUGCUGGGUGCCCGAAAGUAUGGGUUCGUGGACUUUAGCGGGGAAACCCUUUUCCAAGGACGCGAUGAGUCGGUUCCCGUGCGCCUGCUCCGCCCCUUUGAGCACCUCAAAACCGAAAUCCUGGCCAAGGUCGCCGAUCUGCGCUGCGAUUUUACCGAAAAACCCGAGGAUUCGACUGUCCUGCGCGAGGAUUAGCUAAUGUUUUAUGCUUAAAAAUGGCCACAAAACCGUCACCUAACCCCUGACCCGUGUCAAAAAACGCACGUGUGCACCUCCAGCCCUUUCGCAGUUAAUUGAAUUAAAGUCUAGCUGCCUGGGAAAAAGGCUUUUUCAACCAACAGCGAACAAUCAAGCCGGAAAACCACCAACCCCGUCACGUAUACGACAGGAGGGCCCGCUCGUAAACACCUGGCACCGCGGUACUUUUAGCCCCACACCACCACUGCCAAUGUGUCACCUACAGAAAAUAAACAAAUUA